AUGUCUACCGCCGAAGAACUACUACGCGACUUCGAGGACGACGAGGACUUCGAUGUGGGCGAGGACCAAGUCGACGAAGAGCCCGAGGAAGAGCGCAAAGAAGGCGCCGGGGUAUCCAGCGAUUUCGACCGCUCAAUCUCUACUGCAGAUGAGUUGACGCGGCUACACAAAAUCCUGCGCGAUCACUACUCCAUCCGAUUUCCUGAACUCGAAAAACUUGUCACGUCUCCCAUCAAGUACGCCAAGACAGUGGCCAUCCUUCAGAAUGGCCCGUUCAACGACAUCAAGGCUUUGUCCACAACAUCAGACAACAUGGCUGGCGUGCCACUCAACUCAGUUUUGAACGGGCCAUUGAUGAUGGUGGUGGCGCUGGAGGGAACGAAAACAAGAGGCCGGGAGAUGACUGAGUCUGAGCUGAAAUUGGUUCUCGAUACAUGCGAGAGAAUCCUGAAGCUUGACCAGGAACGCAUCAGUCUCACGGCAAGCAUCCAGUCUCGCAUGAACCAGAUCGCUCCCAAUUUGGCUGCACUCAUCGGGGCCGAAACAGCUGCACAGUUCCUCAAUCAAACUGGAGGCUUGUUUGAGCUGGCCAAGAUUCCAGCAUGUAAUUUGGGUUCACAGGGAGCGCGGCGACAGGAAGGACUGGGAUUUGCUACUAAUCAUGGUGUUCGAGCCCAAGGCUUUCUCUACGACUCGCCACUUCUCCAGGAAGUCCCUCUCGACCUCAGAAAACAAGGAAUCCGAAUUGUCUCGGCAAAGAUGGUACUCGCCACCCGCGCGGAUGUCUCCAAUUACGCCAAGGACGGCUCUUUGGGCGAAGAACUAAAACACCAAUGCUACACGCGACUGGAGAAGCUGACCGAAGCUGCGCCAAACGCCGGUACUAAGGCUCUCCCUGCACCCGAUGACAAGCCUUCCAGAAAGCGAGGUGGAUGGCGAGCCCGGAAGGCUAAGGAAGCUGUCGCCAUGACGGAACUACGAAAGGCGCAGAAUCGUCUCGCAUUUGGAAAAGAAGAGUCAGAAGUGGGAUACGGCACUGGCUCCGGCACGGUUGGCUUGGGCAUGCUUGGUCAACAGAACGAUGGUCGCAUCCGCGCAACUCAGAUCGAUCAACGUACUCGGGCCCGACUCAGCAAGAACAACAAGGGCUGGGGCACCAACACCCCCGCUAGUGGCACUGCCUCAUCACUCCGUGCCUUUGGCCAGGGUGGUCCAGGUGGCACUGCAAGUGUUCUUCAGGCACGGGGCCUGCGCGCAUCCGGCGUUGGAUCAUCUCUACCUGGCCCCGGUGGUACCGCCAGUACUAUCGCAUUCACACCCGUGCAAGGCCUGGAGUUGGUCGAUCCGAAGGUGCAAGCCGAAUUGAAGCGUAAGCGUGACGCGGAGGAAAAUCGGUGGUUCAACUCUGGGACUUUCACUCAAGCCCCUCAGCAAAACAGCAAUUCUCAGCCCGCCGGCAAUGAUGGCUUCAAGGUGCCUGCCCUUCCACCGAAGAAGAAGGUCGAUACUGGUGAGGGCAAGAUGGGGCCUCCGCCCAAGCGAUAA